AUGGAAAAAAGAUUUCGAAUUUGGUCGUACGAGGAAGGAGAGCCACCAGUCUUCCACAAAGGGCCGAUGAACGACAUUUACUCCAUUGAAGGUCAGUUCAUGGAUGAGUUCGAGUUGAGUGGGAAAAGCCCAUUUGUAGCGAAAGACCCUGACGAGGCUGUCGCGUUUUCUCUUCCAAUCAGUGUUGUCAACAUUGUGAGAUUCGUCUACAGGCCUUACACCCCCUACUCUCGUGUCCGGCUCCAGAACAUUGUCGAGGACUACAUCAGCAUCAUAUCGAAGAAAUAUCCAUACUGGAAUAGAAGCAAUGGAGUUGACCAUUUUCUGGUUUCUUGUCAUGAUUGGGCACCUGAUAUUUCGGCUGGACACCCUAAGCUUUUCAAGAAGUUCAUUAGAGUACUCUGUAAUGCAAAUUGUUCAGAAGGUUUCCAACCAGUCCGAGAUGUAUCCCUGCCUGAAAUCAAACUCCCUUUUGGAAAGGUAGGCCCUCCCCUCCUUACCCAUUCCCCUAAAAACCGUUCAAUCUUUGCUUUCUUCGCUGGUGGUGGUCAUGGAGACGUAAGAAAGAUACUAUUCAAACACUGGAAAAACAAAGACAAGGAAAUCCAAGUCCAUAACUACCUCCCCAAAACCCUAAACUACACACACCUAAUGGCGCAGAGCAAGUUUUGCUUGUGCCCUAGCGGGUAUGAAGUUGCAAGCCCUAGAGUGGUUGAGGCCAUAUAUGCAGGCUGUGUCCCAGUGAUCAUUUCUGAUUCCUAUGCGUUGCCGUUCAGUGACGUACUUAAUUGGUCUAAGUUUUCAGUUCAUGUUCCGGUGGCAAGGCUACCGGAACUGAAGGCAAUUUUGCAAUCAGUUUCCGAGCAUGAAUAUUUGAGAAAGCAAAAGAGGGUCAUGCAAGUGCAGCGCCAUUUUGUGAUCAAUAGGCCUGCUAAGCCAUUUGAUAUGUUGUAUAUGGUGCUGCAUUCAGUGUGGCUUCGGAGGCUUAAUCUGAGGCUGUUGAAAUGAUGCCAAGGUGGGGGUUUUGUACAAUUAUGCUAGAAUUUAUACAAUUGUGUUUUUG